AUGGAAGUAGAUAUUGCCGAAGUUCACAGCAAUUCACUGAAGACCGUGAACAUCAGACCAGAUGGCAGAGGUCCAACAGACUUUCGGCCCACCAAAUUCAAAUGGAACGUCAUGAAAAAUGCAGAUGGAUCCUGUUACUAUGAACAAGGAAAUGCAAAGGUAGUCAUUGUUAAUUUUUAAAGUAUUUUUUAGGUGUUGUGUUCGGUUUUUGGACCUUUACAAAGAUUCAAGAUGAGGAAGUUGGAUAAUUCUGCUAUUUUGAGAUGCCACCUGUAUACAAGCAGACUUUCUGGCGCUGAUAGGAGAAGAAUGAAGGCACGAAGUGAUAAAGAAACUCACUCUGUGCUGGAGAGCGCUCUCAGUAGUAUUGUUUUGUUGGACCAAUAUCCUCGCACUCGUAUCGAUGUCGUUUUUCGGAUUCUUCACGUAAAUUAGUUUUAAAUUGCCUUUUAUUUAUGAUUUAGAGUGACGGAAACAACAUAGCUGUAUGUUUGAACGCAGCCAACUUUGCUUUAAUGGACGCAGGCAUAUACAUGAAAGGUCUUCUAACAGUCGCUGCUUGUUCCUAUUCUAAUGAUAAUGUUAUUGUUGACAUUUCCGACUUGGAUCAGCAAGAGUCAAAUGGAGCCGUUCUUGUUGGUUCUAUUAGUAAGUCCUCAUUACAAUGCGGUUUUAUGAUUAGAUGGCAAGAAUGAGAUCUCAUUCCUGGAUGUCCGUGGCUGUUUCUCCAAAUUGAUAUUCAAGGACAUUAUAAGGACAGCUUUGGCAGCAAAUGCAAAGUUGGACGAUCUCUUUGCCAAGGAGACGAUGGGAGGAUUGAAAUCGAUUUAUGUAGAAAGCGAGUCUGUUCAACUACCGCAAAUGGCUGCGCUUACGAUAAAAGAAACCUCGGAUGCUAAGGGCGAUACAAUCCCUCAGAUAUUCUUUGAAGAUUACGAUAAAGCGUUUAAACAAUUGGUUUUGAGUGAUUCCGAAGAUGAAGAAAUGGAAUGA